UAAGAGGCGGACAGCAGCUUUUUCGCUCUCUGGUGUGGAGCUCUGCCGGGAGACCAUCCCUGAGUACGCUGCGAUUAGAUAAAUCUUAUCCUUAUCGGCAACUGCACGGUUUGGCAAGCCCUGGUAGACUCUUCGCGGUUUCGGAGGGAGUUUUAAUCAACGUGAAUCACACAGACACGUUUUUUUUUGCGGUUGUGCUUUGCCAUUGCUCCUUCACCAAGCAACGUUUCCUCCAGUGAACCAGUUUUGAGCAAAAUUUCAACCCCUUACUGGUGAUCCUCCGUGUCCUCCCUUUCGCGCACCUUUCCGGUUACGGUUUCGAUGAGCAAAUAGAAUAUCGAAUUCCUGCGGUUACAAUGUGAUCUGGUGGUAUUUGGUGGUCGUAAACAACGUUGCCUGCAAGGUAUAGAGCAGGCAGGAGAACUCGCGAGAGCGAAUGAGCACCGACCAACGGUGACCACGGUUCGAGGCGCCAUUUGUCGCGAUGGAGCAACAUGGUGCAGGCGUACAAAAAUGUUGAGAGCGAGCAUGGUUCGCCUUUUGUCUCGCUGAUGUGGUGUUUGGGGUGGACCGAGAGAGAGAGAGCAGAUUCUUCUUAGUAGCUAAGUGAGCCGUUUGCGCGGCGUUCCAGUGUGCGUGCGCUGCGGGUACGAUGAAGACACCCACUUGCCGUAUCUCGGGCCAACAGCACCUUCAGUCGACAGUGUUGACAGAGACGGAAACCCGGCAAUCAACCCAGCGAACGUGGUAACGAUUGACCCACGGCAGAUGAGGUUAGAAUGUGCCAUCGCCGAUUGAAGCGAAGGUGUCGGAAAGGUGUGGUCACGUGUGCAAUCAAAGUGUCUCUGUGUGUGUGUGUGUGUGAAGGGCAAAAGGAAAGUGUGCUAGGUUAUGUAAGGUACCGGAGUCAGGUAGGGUCCACGAAAAAUUGAUGCGAGCUAUACUGCCAUAUACGUUCGUCACCUGGCUGUCGUGUCGGCUGUUUAAAUCACCGUGUGGUUGCUGCAGGAGCAAGGCAUCUGGACGUCCUUGAACGUGGUGCAGUGGUCGGUGGAUCCGUUUAACAGUGGUGGGUUGAAUUCUUAAGCGCCUAGUGUUGGUGGUAGCUGUCGUGGACCCGGUACGAAACAGCUGUUCGGGGACACGUGUGUGAAGGUGUGUUGUUGCCCUGCGGUAACAUUCGGUUGCGGGGGUUUUUGUAUGUAGUGAUUUCAUCCCCAUCACCACGCAUCAUCGCUGUAUCGUGAUCGUGUGUCGUAGGUAAUGAUGGUACGUUGCGCCAUGCGGACGUUCGUCCGAUACGGUGCGGUGUGGUUGGUGCUACUUCUGGUGACGCUGGAUGGAAGUGUAGCUACGAUAGAUAACGCAACAGGUGCGGUUCGCGAGAACUCGCUACCGAGUGAAGUGCCCGCGAUAGUGAUUGAUCCGUCAAGCGUUGCACCUGAAGUUGCCGUGCUAGAUACCGCUGGCCGCCAAUCGUCUGCUUCACCGAUUGCAACCGACACGAUCGCCACUAACACCAUUGUCAGCACGACGGAGGUAGCUCCAACAACGACGUCAUCAAUAUCCAGUAAUGAGGCCACGCGGACCGUGACGACAACGACGACGACGGCCUCGGUACCAUCAACGGAGGUCAGCUCGGUUGAGCCGAUUCAUCAGCAACACUCCACCUCAGCCGAUGAGUAUCCGCCGAAUUGUUCGGAAUUCAGCGCCUCACCCAUUCAUCUGAUGUACAGCGAGAAGGCUCGCAUCCGCAAAUGUUGCCCACCGGGCCAGAUGAUACAGCCGCGCGACAACUUCCGGUACGAGUGUGUCCCCGGCAGCCGGGAGCUGCAGAUCGAAACAAUCGAGGCCCAGUUCUACGGCAACAACGAGUGCGUGGAGGUGACCGGUGAGCAGGUGGUGCUGCCGGUCGAAUCGCAAGAUCUGUGCGAAAGCGAUCCGCACGCGCUGAUGUACAGUGCGGACCAGGGCGAUGAGCUGUUUGUGCUGCAGAACGGAUCACUGUUGGUGCUGGAGCUGGGCUCGCUCGUAUCGGUGUUCGAUAGCUACUGCGUGGAGAUGACGAGCGACGCGCAGCUGUUGGCGAAGGUGUGCGAACAUGUGCGCAUCGAUCGUGUCGGAGUGACCGAGUUCUUCAUGCUGUUCGGUUCCCUGCUCUCGGUGAUGGCACUGCUGUUUACGGCCCUGUGCUACUCGUUCGUGCCAAAGUUGAAAGAUACCUUCGGCUAUCUGAUCGCGGUACAUGCCGGCACGUUCGCUAUCGGGACGAUCUUGUUUGGGCUGGCGAGGUGCGGUGGUCGCUGCAUCGAUCAGGGCCAUGUCGAUUUCACCGAAAUGGUCUCGAACGCACUGCUGGGCAGCUCCGUGUUUGCCUUCUUCCUGAUGAACGUGUACAACGCAAUGUACGUCGCGUACUACAUACCGAACGGGCUGGAGUACGAGAACAAGAACAAGCGCGACAUGUAUGCAUUUUUGGCGGUGCUUUACUGUAUUACCUUAAUACCUCUAUUCCUAUUCCCCAAGGGUGGUCUAAUAUGCAUCGUAUUUUUGUACUUUGGAGCUAUUGUGGUCGCACUCAUCUUAUCGGCAUACUACACGCGAAGGCUCACCUCGGGCAUCUAUCUACAAAUAAGCGGCCAAACGAAAAUUAAUCAAACCCGGCUCAAUGACAUCAAUGGACAGAGAUGCCUCUGUCUGCUGGAGACGGUUGCCGCCCUUGUUUGUUGGAUCGUUCUGGCCGGCCUCAUACUGUUCAGCUGUAUGACCGGAUGGGCUCGGAUCGUGGCCGUCUACUGUGUGGUGGUGCAUGGGAUAGUUAUCGGGGUGCUGUUUGUGGCCGGCCAACAGCGGUGGAUCAUUCUGCGAGAGUGCUGGAGCAACUCGGGCUCGGUCGAUCUGCGUGCCGUUGAGAACGGGGUGGAGAUGAAAACGUUCGCCAAACCGCGCACGUUGAUAGAGGAAACGGAGGAUGGUGCGUAAGAUGGUGCAAGCGGGAAAACGCGGCGCCGCUGAACAUGCGAAACGCCACUCAAUGCCAUAACAAGUACUAGCCUAUCUGUGAUCGUUUAGUCCCGUGGCGUGACACAAACUCGUGCUGAGAUGAUGUUGCAUUCGAAUAGAAAGUUACCAAAUGGUUAGAAGCAACGAGCGUAUACACUGCUUGGACAAGCGCAUGUCGAAAACGUUGAGUAUUGUACGUGUUGCGAUGUGCCAAAAACAUGUAGAGAAAAACACUGGCUUAGGACCAUUGAAUACGAACGCUUCAUACAAAAUACUAUGCGUUGGAAGGGUUACUUUUGACUGGGAGCUGUACGCAAGUCUGGCAGAUUUUAGAUAGUAAGAAAUAAGAAUAAGUAUGACACAAUGUAAACGAGCGAAACUGAAUGGUAUCUCUAUUUAUAAACAAUAAAAUCUAAUCAGACAUCUAGCUUUGGCUCGUUUGAAUCCCACCUCUAUCUUAUCGGAAGCAAAUGAUGCAAAUUGUCACACAACAACACCUAUGAUAAGAGCUUUAUCCGGUUUUGGGGAGCUGCUCUGCUUACCCAGAUGUUUUGCCUUGUGAUUGUAAAUUUGUAGUGAUGUAAUUCUUACUGAUAAUGCAGCUAUAAAGAACGACUAUAUCUAGAU